AUGGCGUGCGAGAAAAAUCGUCGACUUCGUACCGGUGUUUGCGCUACCAAGUCUGCUAUAUUAACGACCGACGUCGAAAAUGUCACAAUAUACGAUCAGAUGGGCGAAAUACCGUCUGAGACUCUGUUCGCUGCGCUAAAAGCUGUUAGCGAUGCCGAUGCCAAAGUCCUCGCCGACGCGGGUAUUCGGCUACACCACAACCUCGAAGACCGCACAUACCGCGCAGCUCUCCGACGACAAGGCUGGAACCCCAGAAAGAGCAAUCAGUACGAGCAAUUGGCCGACUAUCUCGCAUUUGACUCAAAUGCGAACCUCUGCUGCGUGAUUGCAUAA